AACUACUGAGCGCCCCAAGCACGGCGCCGCGAGACGGCUGAAUGGUGUUCGGACUUGCUUCCGUCCCACCACAGCCCGAGGAUGGGGGACUUGGAGGUGCUGCUGCACGGAGAGGCCGAGGCCCUGGUGCAGGCCCUGCAGAGCUUCCCACUGUGGGAGAUGGGAUCCCAGGGGUGGUGUCAGCAGCAUGAACAGCUGGAGAAGUUGAAUAUGCAGGCCAUCCUGGAUGCCUCAUCCAGCCAGGGAGAGCCCAUCCAGGAGCUGCUGGUCACCCAUGGCAAGAUCCCGACUCUAAUCGAGGAGCUGAUUUCUGUGGAGAUGUGGAAGCAGAAGGUGUUCCCCAUUCUGUGCAAGCUAGAAGAUUUCAAACCCCAUAACACCUUUCCUAUUUACAUGGUGGUGCACCACGAGGCCUCCGUCAUCAACCUUCUGGAGACUGUCUUCUUCCACAAGCCCUGCCGACUUUGCCCCAGGCCCCCUGACUGCUUGCUGGCUCCUUACCUGACCCCAGCUUCCUGGGCUGGGACUUCUGGGCCAAGUGAAAAGAGCACAGACACUGAAGUAUGUGACUCAGCCGAGGACUCCAUUUUGGACUUGAUUGACUAUUGUCACCGAAAGCUGACCCUCCUGGUGGCCCAGAACAGCUCUGGAGGCUUCUCAGUGCCUGAAGGAGAGUUUGAGCUUUCACCUCUGCAGGAGCUGCAGAAGCAGGCCCAAACCAUGGAGUUUGCGAUCUCUCUGAAGGCCCUUUCUGUGCUGCGCUACAUCACGGACAGUGUGGACAGCCUGUCUCUGAGCACCCUGACCCGUAUGCUGAGCACCCACAAUCUGCCUUGCCUCCUGGUGGAGCUGCUGGAAAACAGCCCCUGGUAUGGCCAGGAAGGAGGCCAGCUGAAGAGGUUUGAGGGGGGCAGGUGGCAAAUAGUGACCGCCAAGGACUAUCCGAAACUGACCAAGAUAGAUGGGCAGGUGUGGAUCGCCCUGUACAACCUGCUGCUCAACCCUCAAUGCCAGGCCAAGUAUAACCUCACUGGCUUCAACAAGAACCAGCUCCUUAGGCUCCGGGCCUUGCUCACUGACAUCCUGCUGGACCAGAUCCCCAACCUGGUGGAGCUACAGCGCUUCCUGAGCCACCUGGCACUCACUGAGCCCCACCCUCCCAAAAAGGACCUGGUGAUGGAGCAGAUCCCAGAAAUCUGGAGCCAGCUAGAGAGGAAGAACGGGGGCAAGUGGCAGGCCAUUGCAAAAUACCAACUGAAGCACAUCUUUAGCCCCUCUGAGCAGGAGCUUCGUCUGCAGGCCAGAAGGUGGGCAGAGACCUACAAGCUGGAUGUGAUAGAGGCACUGAACCCUGAGAAGCCCAAGUGUGCCUCCUGCAAUGCUGAGGCCUCCAAGCGAUGCUCUCGCUGCCAGAAUGAGUGGUACUGUAAGCGGGAAUGCCAGGUAAAACACUGGCAGAAGCACCGAAAAUCCUGUGACUUAAUGGCCAAGUCGAUGGACAGUGUGAAGGAGGAGGUCAAAGCCUAGUAGUAGCUGCUGCUCAUUUACCCUCGUGGUAUCCCAUCAUGCCAAGCCCCCACCUACCCAAGGCCCCAGAGUGCCCCACUAUUCUAGUUAUUCUAGUGCCCCUCCCCCACACACACACCCUAGCACGCCAGGCCAGACCGGUCCACAGACUCCCACAUCAGGCAGAGGCCACUGCUUGCUCUCUGCCCUUCCUGGUCUGAAUCCCUGGUAACCCAUUCAUUCUUGCCUAGCCCUGCAGCUCCAAACGUGUGCCUCAGCUCUCAGGACAGUCCAGACUACAUGAGUCUGGGACAGAGGAGGGUUCCUUCGAUUCUUGGGAGCUGGGGCUGGGUACUUCCGGAGAUCCUUCCCCCUUCCUUCUUGCCCUGGGGAAGGGGGAGGGGGAAUUCUAGAGAGGGUGAGUCCUCACAGGGACCUAGAGAAAGGAGGGAGUAAGGUCGAGUUGCUGAGACUUCCCUCCCCUUUCUGAGAGUCUGUGGCAGGAUAGUGCGGAUGUGGGGUACCUUCUUCCUCUCUGUAAAGCACAGUAAAUGCUUUCUUUUGAGAAAA